AUGUAUCGUUCAGCAGGUUGUGCACCGCAUGUGUAUGGACAACGCCGCCUUCGUCGUCAUUCAUCGCAAUCAAUCAAGGCUGAGCUAGCUCGCCUACCAGUAGCGUGCAUCUCGCGACUUAUCCGAAGCUGCCUCGGAAUCAUCUUCCAACUGGAGCAUGGACCCCUGUCUAGGACUCUAGGUCCCUACACUACUAUUGUAUCCGCUCGAGACACACUGCGCCUGCAAGUCAAGUGUCUGGCUGAACCUGGCAACCAUCUCACCAUCUCGUUGUACUCGCCAUCGAUACGUAUCGAUAGACUACGUUCCUACUCCGAUCAUGUCUUACGCCGCGCCGCCGCCACCGACAGUCCUACCUCUGACUCUUCGACCGGCCAAAUAAUCGGCCAGUAA